CCGCGGUGACACAGUCAUGAUGGCCGCCGUGCGUCGGUUUCUGGCUCUUCGAAACAAGUUCACCAGCUCUACAAACGGUUUAAGCUUUUACUUUAACAGCAGACAGUCAUCGAGGGAAAGAGCAGUUCUGAGGCGUGUAGGGACAGGACUGUGUAUCACUGUCGGCGGAUUCACUGUUGUAUACUACAAUUCGGAUCGGGGACACGCAGCUAGUCAGCGUGCAUUGAUUUCUCCGCUCCCAGCCGUGGCUGCAAAAGAGAAGGCCAGUGCAUCUGGUGAAGAUGAAGAGGUUUCGAAGUCCGCUCAUGAGCACAGGUUCAGGCUCUUCAGUUCACUGGAGUAUGAUGGACAGCUUUACAUGACUCCCCUCGACUUUAUCGAGUCCGUCACUAUGAGCGAAUCAAAGAAAAAGAGGUUUUGGAGAUCCCUCACAAAACAGGAUCUAGACAAGGUUCUGUCAGAUACGCCACCUGUUUGGAAAGGAUCAUCCCAUCUGUUCCGAAACCUGCGGGAAAGAGGUGUCAUCGCUUACACCGAGUAUCUGUUUCUGCUUUGCAUUUUGACAAAGCCGCAUGCAGGUUUUAAAAUAGCUUUCAACAUGUUUGAUGCAGAUGGCAAUGAAAUGGUGGAUAAGAGGGAAUUCAUGGUGCUGGAGGAGAUAUUCCGUAAGAAAAAUGAAAAGAAAAAAGAGCGGGCAGGAGAUCCUGACAGUCCCUCUCAACUGCAUGAAACAGAAAAUGUCACCGAUACAACUCUGCUGGUGCAUUUCUUUGGAAAAAAGGGCAAAAGUGAACUUAACUUUGAUGACUUCUACAGAUUCAUGGACAACCUGCAGACAGAAGUCCUUGAGAUUGAGUUCCUCAGUUAUUCCAAGGGAAUGACCACCAUCAGUGAGGAAGACUUUGCUCGUAUCCUGCUGCGCUACACCACAGUGGAGAACAUUACAGGCUACCUUGAGAAUGUGCGUCAAAGCAAACCCGAUGAGAAGGGCAUCACGUUUGAAGAGUUUAGGUCGUUUUUUCAGUUCCUCAACAACUUGGAGGAUUUUGCAAUUGCCAUGCAAAUGUACAACUAUGCAAAUCGCCCAAUUGGACAAGGUGAAUUUGCACGUGCGGUCUAUGUGGCCACUGGACUGAAGCUGUCACGACAUCUUGUGAACACUGUUUUCAAGAUCUUUGAUGUGGACCAUGAUGACCAGCUGAGCUACAAGGAGUUCAUUGGGAUAAUGAAGGACCGGCUGCAUCGUGGCUCCUGGGGAUAUAAAGGUGAAGAGAGAUUCACAUCCUUUAAAGCCUGUAUGAAGAAGGAACUCACUGCUAAAUAGUGAAAGUCCCGCUGAGUGUUUCUCUUCACCCUCACGUCACAUUGAAGAAAUCUCACGUUGGAUUAAAGUUC